AUAAAUGGUUGUCUGCAAUUUCAUAAAAGUCAUAAUGUAUUCUAAAAACACGAAGAUAAGUACUAAAAACAGAAUAUAACGAGAUAGGAUUAGCUACGUAGAUAAUACGAUCUGAGAUCAAUAGGUCAAAUGAUAACGCUUAUUAGUGGCGGUAUAUUUUAAUCUUUUCACUUUUCUUCUACGAUUUAGCGAUUGACAUUGAGCUAUCACCGAUCAAUUUGCCGUACAAUUAAUUCUAUAGAAUUAUAUUCAGACCUACAUGUAUUUAAAAACUAACACAUAUCUCUUAUCAGAUUCAGUCGUCUGAAAGUAGCGCUAGAGCCAACAUGUGGACCACCAAUAUGCAAGCAGCUAAUUUAUUAUCGUUAUUUAUUUUCCGAUCUGUAGUUUGUUUUAGUGACUUUUUAGACUUAUCGAAAAAUUACCGAACACCAUCAACUGUUUUAAAAAACAAUUUUUUGUCCGAAACUGAGGCUGUAAAACUAACACACAUUACUCCUGAAAGAUCAGACCAAGUUAUGUCUGCCGAAUACAUGUUUGAUUUAUUAAAUAAAUUAGAAAAUGGAAAUGACGUUUUAAAAGCUUCUGGAAUGCUGGACACAAGUGGAGAUUUAGAUACUGCUGACACAGUUAGAAGUUUUUCAUCAAAACUUAAACAAUUUAACAGAAUGUAUGACGUAUACAAGUUCAAGGUUCACGCAUUAUCUGUGGAAGAACAAAUAAAAAGAGUGGAACUGCGACUUAAUCAGAACAAAGAAUCAAUAAGUCGCAAAACAAAAGUUAAAUAUGUCAUCAAACAAAACGGACAUUCUAUUUUAAAGUACCAUUCAAAAGAAAAUGUCGAAUUGGAUGGGAAAUAUUCGGUUGUAGAUUUAUCAAAGACUAUUAAAUCACUGAUCAAUCAGGUUCAUGGUAACAUUACUAUAAAAGUUUCCAUCAAGAAAAAUAUCAAAUUCGAACCGUCAAAUAAACAUCGCAAGCUGAGGCGAGAAGAAGGCGAAACGAAAAAUGACGCUUUAUUAAUUAUAUUUUCUCAAGAUAAAGGAUUUCUUCAUGAAAUGUACGAUAAAAUUAUGAAAAUGGACCCUGCAGAACAAUUAUCGCGUUCAAAACGUGCCAUACAGAUGAAAGAGAGAAAGAAGAAUAGAACGAAAGGAAGACGAAAACGUAAAAUGUGCCAAUUACAAGACUUUGACGUUGAUUUUAAUCAUUUAGGAUGGGGACAAUGGAUUGUAUACCCUAAAGUAUUCAAUGCAAAAAUAUGUACAGGUGUUUGUAAAUCGCCAGUGGAUGAAAAGUUUACACCAACAAAUCAUGCCAUGCUGCAAAGUUUGAUGAGACUUGGUCAACCAAAGGCCGCACCAAUGCCAUGUUGUGUACCAACCAAGUUAAAGCCCCUGAAACUUUUAUAUUAUGAACAAGAUGAAAUAGUAGUUCGUUUACAUGAUGAUAUGGUUGCAGAUUCGUGUGGAUGUCGAUGAGGACUCUAAUGAAACAUUUUACCAUUGUGCUUUCAGAUUUGCUGACCAAUAACUGUUAAACUUUUAUAUUUAUUGACCUGCUUUUAAUCAUUUUUGCUUAGU